AUGCCCAGCAAUACACCAUUAGUCACCCAACUCCAGCAACAGAAAAUGUGGUCUUACGCCCCUAGAAGCCGACUCAUAGCAUCCUGCAGACACGCUGCGCAGUUUACAAAUGUGUCAUCGAAGAGUAUAAAGUGGGUCGGUGUGCCAAGUCACAAAACCACAUCAGCUACUUUUUUUUAUACUCGCUCAUCCAAUUUUGCUACUAUGACCGUCGCACACGAGGUGUUUCCCACCCAUAAUGAUUUCCGCAGUGACACAUUCACUGUACCCACUGCCCUGAUGAACAAUGCGGUUGUUCGCGGCCUUUCUGAGGGUUGGCUUCAGGUUGGUGAUUCCGUGUACAAAGAGGAUGAACAAACGUUAAAAUUGGAGAAACUCAUGAGAGAUCUUACCGGAAAAGAGGCAGCAUUGUUCUGUCCCUCCGGUACCAUGUCCAACCAAAUUGGGCUUCGGGCCAACUUGUUCCAACCACCGUACUCGAUCCUAUGCGAUUACAGGGCCCACAUAUUUAUGCAUGAAGCGGCUGGUACAGCAAUGUUGUCCCAGGCCAUGGUGCAUCCCAUAACACCUGCCAAUGGUAAUUACUUGACUGUUGAGGAUAUUGAAGAUCAUUUUGUUCCUUCCGAUGGUGACAUACACGCUGCCCCUACCAAGCUCAUCAGUCUUGAGAACACCUGCCAUGGUAUAGUCACCCCAUACCACGAGUUGGAGAAAAUAUCCCAGUUUGCCCGUGAUAACAAUAUACGGCUUCAUUUGGACGGUGCCAGAAUAAUUAACGCUAGCGUUGCCACUGGUGUUCCUCUCGACCAAUACUGCAAGCUCUUCGACUCUGUCUCGAUCUGUCUUUCGAAAUCUGCCGGUGCUCCAAUGGGAUCAGUUCUCGUAGGAGACCAGACACUCAUUAAUACUGCCAAUCACUUCAAGAAACAAUGUGGUGGUGGUAUACGGCAGGGUGGUAUCAUGGCAUUCAUGGCUAUUCGUGCCCUUGAAGAGAACAUAUGCAAGAUCGACCAAAGUCACAAGUACGCAAAGGAGGUCGGAAAAUUUUGCGAAGACCACGACAUUCAUUUAGAGUCCCCUGUUGACACCAAUUUUGUCUUUUUGGACUUGAAGAAAAAUAACAUGAACGAUCAAUUUCUUGUCUCCAUAGCCGAGAAAUACGGACUCCGGCUUAUGGGCAAGCGGUUGGCGUUCCACUUCCAGAUCAGCAACAUUUCUGUUCAGAAAUUAAAAAUCGUGUUGUUGGAGUGUAAGCAAGAGGCAUUGAGAAACCCAUUCCAUGCACGUAGAGGUCCCAAGAAGUUAUACAACAUUGAUGUUGUGAAAGCCAAUCUGGUCAAGGCGCUGUUUGACCGGAUUCAAAUGCUCGAGGCUGGCCACUGUUAA